AUGGCCACUUCGUCAUCAGGAAAUCGGAUAUACAUAUGCCAUUUCUGUUCUGCUGAACAUUCCAGUCGUGCUACAUUAUACGCUCAUCUAUUGCAUUGUCAAACACGAAAAGCUAGCGAAGUACUGAAUAAUAAUCAUUCGGAACUUCUCAAACUUCAUCAAGACCAAUGUGAUAUUCUUUAUAUGGUCAAACUUCAUCCAUCCAUACCUCAAUUUUCUUUGAAUCAUUUCGAUCGUCAACUUUCUCCUCAUGAUUUAAAUCUUCAAAUUCCUUUAUCGAGUUUAUAUACUCAAGGCUACCUCUCCUCUUCCAAACAGUCAUCAUUCGAUGAUCUCGAUUGUCUCUAUAGCAAUACACCGAUCUACACUCCUUCCAAUGAUGUCAAUGACGAACAGGAGAAUUCUCCUUUACUCGAUGAUAAAUCUCUGACAUAUCACGUAUACAAAUACUCUCGUCGGGAACGUAACCCAUCCGAUGUUCGUUUAAAACACGCACAAAUACGAAGACCAAUUCAGUCCAAGACGAAGAAUUCGUGCUCCAAAGAUGAGCUUCCUUCGAUGUUUUCCUCGUCUACUAAUGUGACAAUCAAUAUUCCAACGCAGAUUCAUGCACGACAAAGACUCGAAUGUCCUUCUCAGCCGAUUUCUCCACUUUUAUUCUGUCCAAAUUUUCAUACUUUAGUGAAACUACCAACAAACGAACACUUUGGAAACUACUUAUUGGAUAUUCGAGUAUCUUUUCAUUUGUUACAUUCGAUUGCUAGUCAAGAAUUUCAAAUAAUUGUACAUAAUACCGAUCAACAACACGAUUUCUUGAAUUCGUCAUCAACAUUAAUCAAUGCACUACGAGAUACAAUGCUGAGCUACAUAACACAUUUACCAAAUGUUUUCAAACGACAUCAUUCGCAAUCUUUUCAUCCUGAUGAACACGAUCUAACGAAUCAUCAUGAUAAUGAACUAUCGAUUCCACCGUUGAAAAUCCGCCGCCAUGAUGAUUCGUCAUAUGAGAUCGAAAAGCGUUCUACGUCGUCGUCGUCGUCAUCAUCAGGAAUGUCAAUAACCCAGAUACACAAUGGUCAACACUAUGACGAACGUCGUCGUUUCGAUACACGACCGAUGAAAUAUUCUUCAAGAAUAAGUGAUAAUCAUCAAAAUAGUAAUUUUAAUGAUACUGCUAAACGAGAUAGUUUGAACUACUCAGUUGACUCUCCAUUACAAUGUGAUUUGUCCCUUGUCGAUCAUCAACAGUCAAAAGAACGAAAUAAUAGUGAAUCAUUCCUUUCAAGUGAAACAAAACCAAAGAAGAGUAUCAGUCCAGUCUCACUCAAGGAACAUUCCAAUGAUUCUUUACCGAAAUAUCAAUCGGUUGCUCUUAAUGAAGGUGCCCGCAUUCGCAUUGUUAAUUGUUCCAAUGAUAAUAACAAGCACUCAUCAUCGCGUAAUCAAUCGUUGACAAGUACAACAACGAAAUAUUCGAAUUCCAAUGAUAAAGUCGAUGAAAACUGGUCUACGAAGUCCACGCGAAUCAAUACUCGCAAGAUAUCAUCGACGAACUCGAAAACACCUGACAUUGCUCAAGUUUCGCCAACCUAUCAAGCUCAAGCUGUACUUUUAUCACAGAAUGAAAUCGCGAACAACUGGUCAACGCACGGUGUCUUCUAUCGUUGUCAUGCUUGCUCACACGAAGAAUUUUUUGUUGUAUAUUCACGGGAAUGUAUGCGAUUACACAUCUCCUCGAAACAUGGAAAUAUGGAAGAAAAUUUCAAGCAACGUAUCUCGAAUUUUCUCAAUAAUCAAGGACGAGCAUUAAAAAUUUUCCAACAUUAUCUCAAGUGGCAACAGCCAUGGUCAGAAAAAGAAAUCGAUCAGAUUUUUCAAUUAUCGAAUGCGAAUAACAAUCGAAUCAAUGGUAUUGAUAUCGAAGGAUUUCGAAAGCUUUGA